AUGAAAGGCCUGUCGAGUAGUCGGAGUCACCAUCAUGUGGUCUCCUAUGAACCAUCAUAUGAUCCACUGGGUCAUCAUGUUGACCGCAAGCCAUAUUUAAUCAGUCAGAUGGACAUGCCUGUACCCAUUCCCAUGCCACAUCCAGCUGAGUUGCCCUACUACAAUGCUCAGCGUACCUCGUACCCCUCUGACAGCAACAGUAUCGUCCCAUAUGGAACCUUCCCAAGGAGGUGUCACUCCACCUCUUCAUCUCACCAUCCUGAGGUAAAGGAUGAGUGUAUGGCCAUGGUACCAUAUGUAGGAGAAGGAGGAGGAGGAGGAGGAGGAGGAGGUGGAGGAGGAGGCUAUGGGGGUAAAACGCCCACUCGGGUGCCAGCAAACUUUGCGGACCCAUUUGAGCGUCAGCCAUCAUUUUCCAGAGAUGGCUACCAUACACUGCAGUACAAACGAGGAAUGCUGGCCCACAGUGGGGGGAUGGGGGCCGCCAACAACAACAACAACGACAGCCCAGGGAGAAUUCGCCACUUGGUCCACUCAGUCCAAAAACUUUUUACUAAGUCACAUUCAUUGGAGGGGCCACACCAUACACAGUCAUCUAAGGGGGCCAAUAAUGGGAGUGUUAAUGGUGGUGGUGGUGGCGGAGGAGGUGGUGGUGGUGGUUCAAGGGCCAGCCCAGAAGGUGAAACUCCACCAGUGGGAAUGCGCCAUCGGAAGCGCAGCAAGAGCCGCGAACGCUGUCGAUCAGCAGAGCCCAAGCAUCGAAGCCACCACCACCACCACCACCAGCUCCACGGCUCAGCAUCUGCUCCAGGCUCUGGAUAUUGGAGCUCAGAUGACAACCUGGAACGGGAGCUGUGUCUCUACCACCCCCACCACCACCAACCUCCACCCUCACCCUCCCCCUCCAUUUCCCCCUCACCUAUCGCCAUGACAAUGGGCCGGUACCCCGGCAACAACCCUGACAAGUUCCCCCAGACUCCCCUCCCUAGUCUCUCCUCCUCACAGUCCCAGCAGUACUUUAUGAUGGACCCUUACGGCACACUCAACGAGCACACAUACACCCAUGCACACCAUGGCCACACACACCACCAUUCUGCACUCAAAGCCUCGCGGAGCAACAACGAUGUGAAGUAUGCAGCUGGCCCCUUGCUGCCACUGAGUCUUGUGGACGGGCCCCUUGUGAAGAAAGGGGCAUGGUCAUCAAGCCUAACGGUGAGCAGGGCCCGAGAGGUCUACACCAACAACAGCAGCCACAACCAGCUACGAGCCAGCGCAGGAUCCGGUAACCUAAACCUAGAUAGAGCUCUAGUCAAAUCUAAGGGCAGUCAGCAGCAGGAGCGCUCUUGCCAUUUCUUACAGGUACCUCAGGAUGAGUGGGGCGGCUUCUCUCCUCUGGGGAAAGAGGACGAUAUCCCUUGUCGGAGGAUGAGGAGCGGCAGCUAUGUCAAAGCCAUGGCAGAGGAUGACAGUGGAGACUCUGACGGGAGUCCCAAACCCUCCCCCAAGAUUCAAGCACGCCGGGCUAGCUACCUAAAAGCCACACAACCAUCACUGACUGAGAUGACCACGCUACAGAUUUCGACGGAACACUCCCCUAAACUGCAGAUCAGGAGCCACAGUUAUUUGCGUGCGGUGAGUGAGGUUUCGAUCAAUAGAAGCCUGGAUACCCUGGAUCCCAAAACCCUCCUCGACCCCAAAUCGCUGCUGUCCUCACCCCAAUACCGCUCACGCAAUGAAAGCUACAUGAGGGCCAUGAGCACCAUCAGUCAGCUGAGUGAGGUAGAGGUGAAUGGGCAGAUUGAGCAAGUGUGUGAGCAGGUCUACAGUGAGAUGCAGGCCCAGGCCAUGGAGGCUGCCAUGGAUAGUAUGGACACCAUGGACACCCUGUCCAUGCCUGGAUGCUUCCGGAUGCGAAGCCACAGCUAUGUCAGGGCAAUCGACCAGGGCUGUGCAGGGGAGGAGGAAGGAGAAGGAGGAAGACCGCUGCUCCUACUACCAUCCUCCCCUCCACGCACCUCCGCCACCACUGUCAGGACCAUUCAGAGCAGUACAGUUUCAUCUUGCAUCACCACCUACAAGAAAACCCCUCCACCAGUGCCGCCCCGAACCUCCACCUGUUCCACAGCCUCCAAGCCAUACAUCUCCAUCACAGCCCAGAGCAGCACAGAGUCUGCACAGGAUGCAUACAUGGAAGAGGAAGGACCCAGAGGUGAUAUGACCAUCCAGUCAGGGCUCAGUAACUCAACAGAAAGCAUUGACAGCAUGAAGGCCUUGACAGCUGCCAUAGAAGCUGCGAAUGCACAGAUCCAUGGACCAGCCAGUCAGCAUGUCAGUAACAGCACCAUGACAGUUGGCGUUCCUGUCCCUUCAGUCCUGACCAGGGGAUCAGUGGUAGAAGACCAUCGAGAUGAUUACAGAAAAGAAGUAUUUAGGAAGGGCAAAUGUCUGUCAAUAGGCAUCCAGGUGGAUGGACCGGAGGAGAUUCCUGAUCCAGAAGACGCAUCCAAGUUUACCUCUGUAGGGGUGCAAGUGGAAGAUGACAGAGGGUAUCGCCGGUUUCAGCGCUCCAACAGUGUGACAGCAGCUGUACAGGCAGAUCUAGACAUGCCAGACCUACUAGACACGCCUCUAGACUCCCCGGACACUGACAUGGAAGUCUUGUCAUCUGGUGCCAUCUCUCGACAAUAUUCCCGUGAUGCCGCCACCUCCACUGUCAGUAUCCAGGGCUCAGGGAACCAUUACCACGCCUGUGCCUCUGAUGAUUAUGAGGAUGUGGGCUUUGACCCAUCCAUCCUCCCUCCUCCAGACCCCUGGAUAGACAGUGUAACUGAUGACCCACUUGAUGUGGUGCAGCGAUCAGUGUGUCAGAGAGAUGGGCGCUGGUUCCUGAAGCUUCUGCAAGCUGAGACUGACCGGAUGGAGGGCUGGUGUCAACAAAUGGAGCUCGACCAGCAGGAGAAUGACCUGCCUGAAGAUAUCCUCGGGAAGAUGAGGAGUGCCAUGGGAAGUGCUCAGCUUCUGAUGUCCCAGAAGUUUCAACAGUUCAGGGAGCUGUGUGAGGAGAACCUGAAUCCCAACGCCCACCCUCGUCCAGUGGCCUCAGACCUGGCUGGUUUUUGGGAUAUGCUUCAGCUGUCAAUUGAGAAUAUAAGCCUCAAGUUUGAUGAGCUUCACCAGCUGAGAGCCAACAGCUGGAGACCCUUGGAUCCUCCUGAGAGAAAGGAGAGGCGGCUCCCACCUCCAGUGCCAAAAAAGCCGCCCAAGGGCCCCCACCACCUUCCUCCUCUGGCCAGAGAACGCUCACUGGAGAGCUCAGAGAAACAGCGGCAAGAGGCCAGGAAGCGCCUGAUGGCUGCCAAGAGAGCAGCAUCUGUACGGCAAAACUCAGCUACAGAGAGUGCUGACAGCAUUGAGAUCUACAUCCCAGAGGCUCAGACAAGGCUAUGA